AAUGAAAGCAAAAUUGGUAACGUUUUAGGGGUAAUUUCUUCACAACACCUUAUCCAAGUACAACUCUUCUCAGUUGUGCAAACUGUGCUAAACGAAGCCGAUAAGCCCCUCAAACUCGCUUCCCCUCUUUUCACCAUGGAAGCAACUCUCCUUUCCUUUCCUUCCUCCAAACCUCCACCUUUACAAUUCCAUACCCUAAAACCCAACACCCAAAUUUUCCGCUAUUGUAAACCCAAGUUCCCUUCUUUCAAACCAUCGCCUUUCCCUUCCAUCAGGGCAGCCAUUUCCCGCACCAGAAAGGAAGAAACAGUUGAAACAGUGAAAACCCAAUUGGAAAACUGUAAUCUUUUAGCAGCUAUAGAAUACACAGGUUUCACUGUUAAGCAAUUCCAGAAUUUGCGUAGAUCACUUCCAGAGUCAUCCAAGUUACUUGUUGCGAAGAACACUUUGGUUUUCAAAGCCAUCGAAGGGACUCCUUGGGAAGCCUUGAAACCAUGCAUGAAAGGCAUGAAUGCUUGGCUUUUUGUUCACUGUGAAGAAAUCCCAGAUGCUAUUAAACCUUACAGGUUGUUUCAGACAGAAGAAAAGGUUGAAAAUGACUUUACAGGGGCUGUUUUUGAAGGGAAGUUUUAUGGGCCUGGAGAGUUUAAUCUGUUGGAAAAUAUGCCUACCAGGGCUGAGAUUUAUGCCAAGCUUUUGGGAAGUUUACAGACUCCUGCAAUUGGACUUGUUGGGACACUCCAGGCUCCUGCCAGGGAUGUUGUUAUGAUUUUGAAGGCUUAUGUGAAGAAGCUGGAGGAGGAGAGUGGUGGGAAAUAAUUGGGGCUCUUCAAGAUUGCUUGCUGGAGAACGGAGAUUUCUUGUAUUUAAUUAUGUGACAUUGGAAUUUGAAUUGGUGGUGUUGGAAUCACUUUGCAAGAUCAAAUUUUUUAUGUGAUUCUUUUGAAUUUUCUCAUCUUCUAAUCUGUAAGAGCUCUAUUUAUUUCAA